AUGAAGCAUGCCGCAACAGGAGCCCAGAACACCAUCCGCAAAAUGGCCAUCGUGAAGGCUAGGGAGUCCAUGAGCGCAGACCUGAUUCAGGAUGAAGGCUUGACCGUAGAUGAGGAUGAGGAACAGUCAGAUCCCGCUCGGAAACAUGCAAGGUCUGAGGAUGAGCGCAUUGCAGGAAGCGCGUCCAAAAUCCGCCUUCUUCAGGCGCGAUUUGUCAACAACCCCGCCAACAAGGCCAACAUCCAGAACCUUUGUCGCUUCUUGUAA